AUGUCUAAGGAAGAUUUAAACUGUGGUAAUGGGGAUUUCUUGCCGUUACAAGUCGGUAACUCCAAUAAACGAGAUCAUAGUGAGAGAUCUCAUGACGGAACAACUUCUAGUAAAGUAAGUAUUCAUUCACAGACAAUGCAAUGGGGUCAACUCCAUAGAAAAAGAGGGUCUGAUCCUUCUAUAGAUUUAUCGAUGCCUCGAUACAUGAAGUCUACACCUGCAGACCCUCAAGUAUCAGAUAUUACAUCAGUGUCAAUGAUUGCUAAUGAUCCUGCUAAUGAUUCUAUAAAUGAUUUGAAGGCUGUGGCAAUAUCUACAAAUACUGUUACUCCCAUUGGUUCGCCGUUAAAAAAUAGGGAUAUUAGGUCCUUAAGUGAAACUAAUUCAUCAUUUUUUGAUAAUAUUAUGUCCUCGUUUAACUUCAAUAAAUUGACAAAGGAUUCAGAAAUUGAUGAAAAUUCAGAUGUGUCUUCUACAGGGUUUAUAUAUGCUUCACCUACAGAUAAUAGAGAUUUUCAUACAUUAUUUAAACUGAUACCAGUCCAAGAGAAGCUUAUACGGGUUUUGGAUUGUAAUUUAAAUAGAAAUUAUCCCUAUAAGGGUAAACUUUAUGCUACUGAAGAUCAUUUAUGUUUUAAUUCGACAGUAUUGGAUUGGUUGGCUCAAAUACAGAUACCUGUAAGAGAGAUAAGGUCAUUAACUAAAAAUUCCCAGGAUUCAAUGCAUAAUGAUGAAAUAUGUGUAGAGACGUCCCUUGGCAUGACACGGUUUAAUGGUUUCCAGAACUUAGAAGCCGCUUUCCAAAUUUUGAUGAAGAUUAUGAAUAAUAAUAAAAAAAAAGAGGUUAAACCAUUGUUUGAAAAGGGGGUUAAUAAGAGGGGAACUGAUCUAUUGAACUAUUCAAUUGGAUUAAAUCCGCCUGUAACCCAGAAAUCUUCAAUUGUAGCUGGUGCAGAGACUAAUCCAAUUGGAAAAUCUAGUAUCAAUCUUUUAACAAGUCUUGAAGCCACAAAUAAUAUCAGGAAUGACGAUGAAGAUAUUGAGGAUAUAAUAAGAUCUAUUGAUGAAACUUCAUCUACCUCUAGCGCAAUGUCUGUAGAAGGUGAUGACGAUGAUGAAAGUGUUCUAGCAGACAUUAAAGUCCCUAUAUAUAAGUUAAACGAUAAAGCUUCUAAUUUCUCGGUAAUGGAUUAUACGGGACCAUUUUACAACAAUUCAAAGCAUACAACUAAGAUCCCAACAAGGUCGGUAGAUGAAUAUUCCUUGGCUGAUAUCGAACUCUCAUGCCCACCUGGGAUGCUCUUUGAUUUCUUGUUUAAUGAAACUAAACCAACAUUUUUACAAGAGUUCUUGACGAAACAAGAUUCAUCCAAUUUUACUGAUAUUGGUAAAUUUGAAAUAAAUGAUUCCGGUUUGAAAACUAGAGAAUAUUCCUAUCAGAAACAACUACAUUUUCCUGUUGGACCAAGCACUACGAAAUGCAAUGUUGAGGAACAAAUAGUGCAUUAUGAUGUUAAUGAUUACAUUGAAUUGAUUAAUACAACAAGAACACCAAACGUACCUAGCGGAACAAAUUUUUCAACGAAGACAAGGUAUAUCAUUCAAUGGCAUGAAUCGACAAGGUGUAAACUUCGGUUAUCGUUUUGGGUAGAAUGGACAGGUUCGUCAUGGAUUAAAAAUAUGGUAGAAUCUAGUUGUAAAAGUGGGUUAAUCUCCUCAACGAUAGAUUUUAUUAACCUAAUUGAAAAUUUUGUUGAAAAACAUACAAUUGUUGAUUAUAUGAUGGUUGAUAAGACUAUUUCAACAUCAAAAUCAAAAGAAAAUUCUCCUUGGAUAUCCAAUACUAGCACUACAAACCUUGAGGAGAGCGUAGCGACUUCGCAAAAUAAUGAACCAACUAGAGUUCCAAAGUCAAUAUUUACCAACCCUUCUGCAGUCAUGGUACUCUUUUCAAUAAACAUUAUGUUGUUUUUAAUGUUGCUGUAUGCCUUAUGGAGUAUAAACAGUAAAAUGAACAAAUUAAUUGAAUUUCAACUGUAUAGUACCGAUGGAAUCAAUACUACCCCAGAUACAUUAUUUGAGACACCUGUUAGGAACGAUAUUUUAAAAUCCCACAAUCAACAGCAUAUCUCUUUACAAUCAUUAAGAUCUUUACUAGGUAUUACUCCGAAUUCUCAAAGGAUUAAAGAUUCAUCUGAGUUAUCAGGAAAAAUCCUCGACAAGCUAAUGAAAUUACUUGCAUCGCAUGAAGUGGAUGAAUAA